GGGUGUCUAGGAGCACUAGAUGGUACAUACAUUAACGUGCGAGUCCCAUCAAAAGAUAGGGGAAGAUAUAAGAAUCGAAAGGGUCAAGUGUCAGUUAAUGUACUUGGGGCGUGCGAUAGAAAUAUGAACUUCGUCUACAUGCUUUGUGGAUGGGAGGGGUCUGCUGCUGAUAAUCGAGUAUUAAGAGAUGCAAUCACUAGGGAAAAUUCACUCCGAGUCCCAAACGGACAAUAUUAUUUGGUGGAUGGUGGUUACACUAAUGGUUCUGGCUUUCUAUCGCCAUAUAGGGGUGUCAGAUAUCACUUAGAUGAAUGGGGUACAGGGUCCCGUACUCCACAAAACUUUAGAGAACUCUACAACCUUCGGCACGCCAAAGCUAGGAACGCGAUUGAACGUGCUUUUGGCAUUCUAAAAAUGCGUUGGGCAAUUCUUAGGA